UCAAUGAAUAAAAAUGUAAUAUUGACAAAUUUAACAGAAAUUGUAGACCUUUAAUCUUUUCCAAAAUGUCAACAGACACUUAACUUCAAUUAAGUAUGAAACAUUUCACAGUUUAACUUUCUGGUUGAUGUACAUUUCAGAGCCUCUUCAGUGUGGAUGGGGUAUAGCAUACAUUUUCAACAACAAAGACUGCACUUCCAGUUUGUGUUCUUUGCUCUGUUGAACUAUUUGUCUUCAUUCCUAGGCACAGCACAUGGAACCACAGUUGGCAUGCUGGAGCUAUUGAAAUUCUACAUUUUGAAAAAUGUAUGUAAAACCAUAUGAGAUGGAAAUGGACAAACGAAAGGUGGUGCUAUGUGUAGGGCCACUGAGUGGACAUUCUGAACCUUGAAUUGAAGUCACCAGGUCACAUGACCAAGGAGCUAUUGAAAUUCUACAUUUUGAAUAAUUCAUGUAAAACCACAUUAGAUUAAAAUUGACAAACUAAAGGGUGUGCAAUAUAGAAGGGUAGUCAGUGGACAUUCUGAACCUUGUUUGAAGUCACCAGGUCACAUGACCAAGGAGCUAUUGAUAUUUUAAUGUAAAAAAAAAGUUUGCACUUUGUUUACGCUCCCUAACUAAUUCAACUUGGAAUACAAAAUGCUGCUCACAUUUCCACAUGUUUAUUAGCUUUGGAAAGCAUAUUAAUGUCCAAAUCGUGAAAAUAAGACGUGUGCAUUGUUGUGCGCAAUUUUUCCAACAUCAUGACACUUAUUUGGAGGCUGUGGCUUAAGUGGUUUAGAAAGCUAUUGAGGUUUGAAAGCGCGAACAUCCGUCGAAUAUCCAACUUGAAACUGGCUUUACCUCGGUAUAUUAAAUGAGCAAAUGCCCCCUAUGGCAGGUAUAUAAUCAGUGUGGACUGAAAAUAUCCCACAACCUAGAUCAUCAAGACCAACAAUCGCAAAUCCUCUGGAGAAGAGAACUGCUUAGUGGAUCCAUGGCAUCCAAGGAGCUCAUCAAAGCUACAAGUAGCUUAACCAAGGCAUCUCAAUGCAGAGAGGACACUGCAAUCCUUACUCAAGCUCAUGCUAACUGGGAGAACUACUUGACUCCAGCCCCAAUGUCAAUAGCCUUCCUGGGUGAGCUAGUCUUCAUCUCCUCCAAACAAGACUUCUCUAUCAGGGAUGGAAAUCCAGAAGGCGGAUUCAAGUUCAUCAAAUAUCCUGAUUCAUUCCGUGCCUGUCUCAUGCAGGUGUGCAAUUCAGGUUGGCGAGCCUUUAACCAAGCCCACAAGAGCAUGGACCAGAUUUUCUUACACACACAAAAUGUGCCAACAUACAUCAAGAGAACUGUACAGAUACUUCUCCAGAAUGAUGAUGUACUUGUUAAAAGCCUUCUCCCUGAUACAUUAGAUAGCAUUGCCAACAUAUCAACCAGCUGUGUAGAACUGGCCAAAUCUGUUGAAAGUAAGUUCCUUGAUGUCACUGAAUUGAUUACAGAGCUUCUAGAGACCUGCACAUGCGCCAAACAGAAAUAUGGCAGUCACCUGAAAGAGGUUAGGGAGAUGCUGGAGGACGAAAAAUGCAAGAAAACCAUGCUACAGGAGGAAAAUAGACAAGCUGAAGAGGCAUUUAAUAAAUAUGGCAAGAAGCUUGAAGAGGCUAAUAAAAACUUCCAAAAGGCUAUCGACUCCAUGCCGUCAGGAUGGGACGUCAUCGGAAUGAACUUUGUAGAGGGAUUCACCAAUUGUGUUAACUCUUUAAUUGUAGGAGCAACAAAUGCCACAAUUGCAGCGGACAGUAGUGAUACACAUACAAAAUAUGAUACAUCAGGAAGUCCAAAAGACAUGUUUGCAACAAACAAUAUAGUUAGCAAGUCUUCUAUGCUUCUUGCUAUUGCCCAAUCCUUAGUUGGCCUUAUUCAAAAGGAUCAAAUCGAAUGGUCAAAGUUUUUAGAUGAAAAGACAGGACAGUUGAUUGUUGAUUGGUUGAAGACACAAAUCGAAGAUGUGCAGUCAAACAUAAAAGACGUAGACCAAUGUCCCGUAAAACCUCAGGCAGAGAAAAUUUGUGAACAGGGCAUUACCAUCUGCUCUGACCUAAGUGCAUUGGCUCCUGAGGGCAAGCAUGACGAUGAGGCCAAGAACAAAGAACUGAUCCAGAGAAUCAGGAAGCUAAUGACCUCUGCACAGAAGUUUGAUUCCUCAGGAAAAAAAUACACAAAAACAUCUGCCUUUUCUGUUAAUCCGCCCGGAAUGAGCAAAGCACGAAGCGCAAGCUCAGGAUCUGCAAGUCAGACUGCGACAGAAAAUGCCCACUUCCGCAUAGAGCAGAUGAAAGCCCAGCUUGCACUAGCCAGCGAGAUGUAUGAAAAAUCCCUGGAAAAAAUGGAGGAAAAGAAAAUAAGGCUAGCCGAAACCCUCAACAAAAUGAGACAACUUCAUGUAGAGGAAAUUGACUUUGACACCACCAUCAGGAUUCUGGCUGAAGGUCUAAAUGCAAUGGGAGAGCUGCAGGAGAAAUGGCAAAAGAUGGUGCAAUUCUUCCAGAUGGUGUCAAACAUCAUUGACACCUGUCUGAAGACAUCCCUGCAGGAUUUUGUCAAAACAGCCAGGAAUCCACACCUGAAAUAUGACUCAAGUAUGUUCUUGAAGGAUAUGAUAUACCAACAGGCAUUUCAAGCUUCCAACAUUGCACACCUGGUGAAUAUGAUCUCUGGAACCUACACUGAGGUCUCCAGCAAGUACUUGAUGGACAGAGUUGGCAGCCUAGGAAGACUCAUGGCUUUGGAUCCCAAAGACCCACGUUUCAAAGCUGAACGGCAAAUAUUUGCUGCAUCUUGUGAUGACGCCGAACAUGAAAUCAAAGCUCUUGUCCUGAAGAACAAGGAACUUCACAAGGCAAGGACCAAAGCAAGACUUGAGAAAAUUGAAUAUGAGCUAAAUGCAGUAUUACCCCCACCAUCUGAAAAGGAAACAAAUAAACUGCGAGAGAUAGUGACCUCUGGAUUCCAGGACAACCCAGAGGAUAUUGAUCAGUUUGAAUGAAGAUUUAUGGAGGUAGUUGAGUCUAAUCAAUCUCCCCCCCAUCCCAUGCCUUAAAGACUGUGUUCACACAUGAAGCCCAAUUCUGAUGUUUUGCCCAUUUAUUGGUGAAAGAGCUGAUCUGAUUGGUCAAAAGACCAAUUUGUUGAAAAAUAUCAGAAUUGAGCUCUCUGUGUAAAAUCAGUGCCUGGAACUGCUUUAUGGAAACUAGCUGUGCCUUUUGCAAAAAUCUGAAUGUUUUAUACAUUUUUUGUUGUUGUUGCUGUUUGGAUAACAUCUGGAUAAUAUUCAAGUAGGCUACUGUAUAUCUUCCUAUACUAAUAAUAGCCAAUGAGAAUAUGAUUAAGGCAGGAGACUCCAACUAUAUGAUUAUUGGUAAUAAACCCUUAUUCAAAAAUAAAACUUUAUAAAAUGCCAAACCAAUGAAACGUGUCAUGUAGAUGCCCAGCCUUCAUCUUCCAUGGCUUAGUCUCUUAGUUUGUUGUCAACAUUUAUUUUCUUGAAUUAUUGUAUUAUUUCUACUGAUAAAUACAUUUUAGUCCAAUAUUUGUUUUUUAUUUCAAUGACAAAAAAACACUUAUUUUCUUAUUAAAGUAAGAUAUAUGUUGCAUGUGUGUGUGUGUGUGUGUGUUAAAUCAAUUGUGAUCUGUUUUUUUUUGUGGGGAGGAUGUAGUUAAAAAGAUUAACAAUGUCACGGAUGUUGAAUUUAUUGCUUAAUGCAUGUUCAAUAAAGUCAAGUGUUAAAGCUGCUGUA